UUGGGGGAUUUAGAAACAGUUUCAUAGAAUAUCUGAUUCGGCAGUUUCUGCUCCCCCUGCUUGUCUAAACCUGGCCUCAGUCCCAAACCCCGCCUCUCAGAGCUUUACACAACUCCAGGAAAUCAGCGCAGUGAAGUUUCGUUUCUUGUGAAAUCGUCAGUCUCUCUGUCUCUCUGUCUCUCUCUAGCAAGAAUGGCUUCAAACUUGUGGUCAGAGGAGCACUUGAACUGUCCAGUAUGUCUGGAGCUAUUGAAGGAUCCAGUCGCUAUCCCAUGUGGACACAGUUACUGUAUGGGGUGUAUUAAGAACUACUGGGAUCAGACUGAUCAUACAGGUGUCUACAGCUGCCCCCAGUGCAGAGAGACCUUUACCCCAAGGCCUGUUCUGCGCAGAAACACCGUGCUGGCUGAAGUUGUGGAGAAAUUAAAGAAGACAGGACUCAAUCCUCCUCCUGCUCAAAGUUAUGCUGGACCUGGAGAUGUGCCGUGUGAUUUCUGCACUGGGAGAAAGUUCAAAGCUGUGAAAUCCUGUUUGACGUGCCUGGCCUCUUACUGUGAGACACACGUCAAGCCACACUAUGAGGGGGCUGCUUUCAAGAGGCACAAGCUGAUCAAUGCAAUUGGAGAUCUGGAGCAGAAGCUUUGUGCUGAACACCAAAAGGUUUUAGAGGUCUUCUGUAGAACCGAUCAGACGUGUAUUUGCUUGUUGUGUGCAGACAAGGAACACAAGAGCCAUGAUACAGUCUCAGCUGAGACAGAAAGGACCAGGAAACAGAAGCAGCUGGGAGAGACACAGACAGAAAUACAACAGAGAAUCCAGGAGAGACUGAAAGAAACAGAGCAGCUGAAACAGGCUGUGGAGUCACUGAAAAGAUCUGCAUGCAUAGAAAUAAAGGAAAGUGAGAAGAUCUUUACUGAGCUGAUCCGAUCCAUUGAGAAGAUCCACACUGAGGUUAUUGAGCUGAUUGGAGCUAACGAGAAGGCUGCAGUGAAUCAGGCUGAAGGACGCAUGAAGAAACUGGAGCAGGAGAUUGCUGAGCUAAGGAGGAGAAACGCUGAGCUGAAACAGCUUUCAGAGACAGAGGAUCACAUCCAUUUUCUACAGAAUUUCCAGUCUCUCUGUGCCCCCCCUGAAGCUGGAGACUUACCCAGCGUUACUGUCAAUACAGACAUCUCUUUUGGGGCUGUGAGGAAAGCUGUAUCUGAACUUAAAGACCAUAUUGAGGACUUCUGCAAGGGGGAAUUAGCCAAAAUAACCACAACAGUGAAUAAAGUUGCAGUUUACAGUCUGCAGGCUCCAGAGCCAAGGAACAGAGCUGAGUUUUUAAAAUAUUCCUGUCAGCUCACACUGGACCCCAACACAGCGCAUAGAGAGCUCUGUCUGUCUGAAGGGAACAGAAAGGUGACAUGGAGGAGAGAGACCCAGAGAUAUCCUGAUCACUCAGAGAGAUUUGAGAGCUGGUUCCAAGUGCUUUGCAGAGAGGGUUUGUCUGGGACUCGCUGUUACUGGGAGAUUGAGUGCAGUGGGAGAGGGGCUUCUAUAGGAGUCACAUAUAAAGGGAUCAGCAGGAAAGGAGCAGAUCGUUCCUGUGGACUUGGAUUCAAUGACAAGUCCUGGAGUUUGCGCUGCUCUGGUUCCAGUUACACUGCCCGGCACAAUAACAAUCACACUGCAAUAACUGCCCCCCACUCCCCCAGAAUAGGAGUGUAUCUGGACUUUAAUGCCGGCACGCUGUCCUUUUAUGGCGUCUCUGACACAAUGACCCUCCUGCACAGAUUCCAAACCACAUUCACUGAGCCGCUCUAUCCUGGGUUUUGGCUUCAUUAUGUUUCCUCUGUAACAAUCUGCCAGCUGAACUAGACUGUUUUGUGUUGUAAGAAACCCUUUGUAUUGAACUCCCUGUCUGUCCUCUCCACUCCUCGGGUGAAGGGAAUGUUCAAUCUGACACAACUUUGGAUGAAAGUUAGGGGGUAAAACGGCGCCACCUGCAGAGCGAAACGAGGUGAAUUAUUUGUUUUUAGCAACAAAUGGAUUUCAUACGAAAUAACUGUAUUUAAUUUAUUUUUUAAGAAUUGUUAUGUUUUAUAUAUAUUUUAGAAAAUGGCAUCCAAUAGUCAGUGCUGUAACAGUUUUAAUAAAGUGAACUUACGUUUGCUUUAUUGUGUGUGUGUUUUUGUUUUUUGAUUUCCAUAAAAUAUUUAAUAUUUCAGAUUUUAGUAAUGUGAUUUAAUAAAAAAAAUUAACGUGA